AUGGCUGCUGAGGCGGCUCUGGGGCUCCGCAGCUCCGGCCCCACACUCUGCCCGAGCUUCGCGGUGGUCUGCUCUUUCCUCGACCGCUAUGGAGCCGCGCUGGACCUCCCGGAGCUCUCCUUCCCGCAGAUGGAGACGUAUUUACGGGAUACGUCGACAGUGCCCAGGCCCCUGGUGGAGCUCCACGUCAAGCUGCUCAGGAAGUUGGGAAAGAUGGCGUCGGCUGACCGCUGGGAGAAGUACCUGGCCAAGUUUUGCCUGGAGCUCAACAGUGCGUGGGCCUGGGAGAUGGAGCACAGAGGCUACCAGGAGAUGACCAUGGAGUGCAAGUCGGGCAUCCUCAAAUAUCUCUGCGAGUGUCAGUUUGACGAGAACCUGAAGCUGAAGUGUGCAGUGAACGAGGAGGAUCCAGAGAAAAUGCGCCUGGAGCCGAUCGGCCGCGACCGCAGAGGCCUCCUGUACUGGCUCCAGAGGGACCAGGACCACAACGUCCGGCUCUACACCGAGGAGCAGGACGACUGGGACGGCUCCAGCUGGAGGUGCAUCGUCAGGUCUCGGGAGGAUCUGGAGCUGGCUCUGAAGCUGCUGAAGGCCCAGGUGGAGGUCGGCCCAGAGCUCGUGGACCCUCUCUGCGCCACAGCCACACAGGACCACGGCCACCACGGCUCAGAGCCAGCUCCAGGUGCUGGUGUGUGGCCUUGUUCCAUCAAGCAGGAGCCCUGUCCCCGAGAGGUCCAGGACAUGCGUCCUAAGGUAGAGUCCGCAGAGGCUCCACUCAGCCACAAACCGCUUGUUUUGGACAACCGCGUGUCGACCAUCACCGCAGUAACAUCUCCCAACAGCAACGCCACGCCCAGAGCCGACUCUCACACCGGCAUCGUGCGCAGCAGCCAGCAGGCCACCAUGCCCCUGAAGAAACGGGAGCUCAAGCUUUCUCAGGACGACCACCUCAACAACCACCACUGCAGCACCAUCGUCCCCAACCCCUCCGUCAUCCGCUCCACCACCUCGCUCUGCCCCGCCCCCCCGCUGACCAACGGCCUCACCCCCAGUGCGGGGCGCGUGGCGGUCAUCUGCAACCUGCACCAAAGCAACGCACAAGGAAGGGAGUCGGUGCUGGUUCAACAGACCGACGUCAGAAUCAACUCUGUGCGUCCGUCUUCAGAGCCUCCCAAAGAGAAAGAGGCGUGUGUGGAUGUGAGGCCCUCUGUGGAUGUGAGACCCUCUGUGGAUGUGAGGCCCUCUGUGGAUGUGAGGCCCUCUGUGGAUGUGAGGCCCUCUGUGGAUGUGAGGCCCUCUGUGGAUGUGAGGCCCUCUGUGGAUGUGAGGCCCUCUGUGGAUGUGAGGCCCUCUGUGGAUGUGAGGCCCCCUGUGGAUGUGAGGCCCCCUGUGGAUGUGAGGCCCCCUGUGGAUGUGAGGCCCCCUGUGGAUGUGAGGCCCCCUGUGGAUGUGAGGCCCUCUGUGGAUGUGAGGCCCCCUGUGGAUGUGAGGCCCUCUGUGGAUGUGAGGCCCCCUGUGGAUGUGAGGCCCUCUGUGGAUGUGAGGCCCUCUGUGGACGUGAGGCCCUCUGUGGAUGUGAGGCCCUCUGUGGAUGUGAGGCCCUCUGUGGACCCGGCACAGACCCUGACAGAGAACAGGACUGAGCUCGCGGUGCAGAGGAGUCCAGACCCAGAGAAGGCCACGGUGAACGGCGCCCUGGGCUCUGGGACCGUCCCGGACACUCCUGUGGAGAAGGCGUCGUCAGAGCUGCAGAAGGAGGGCAUUCGACUCAAGAUUAAGAUCCCUCCUCGACACCAGAACAGGCUCCGAGGCAGAAGUGGGAAGCGCCAGGACAGAGGCCCAGAAGGAGAGAGGGAGGCCCCACUGAGGAGGUCCGCCCGUAUCUGCAGGCCCAGCUCCAAGGCCGUGCAGAGCCAGCGGAGGAGGCGCGUCCAUCAGCCCAGGACAGGAGUGCGGGGGAGGAGGAGGAGGAAGGAAGAGGAGGAGGAAGAGGAGGAGGAGGAGGAAGGUAAGGGCCAUACACAGGACAGGUGUGUGAGGGAGGAGGAGGAGGAUGCACAAGGCCGGUGUGCGGGGGAGGAGGAGGAGGAUGCACAAGACCGGUGUGCGGGGGAGGAGGAGGAGGAGGAGGAGGAUGCAGAGGACAGGUGUGUGGGGGAGGAAGAGGAGGAGGAGGAUGCACAAGACCGGUGUGCGGGGGAGGAAGAGGAUGCAGAGGACAGGUGUGUGGGGGAGGAGGAGGAGGAUGCAGAGGACAGGUGUGUGGGGGAGGAGGAGGAGGAGGAGGAUGCAGAGGACAGGUGUGUGGGGGAGGAGGAGGAGGAGGAGGAUGCAGAGGACAGAGCCAAAGUGAAGCUGGAGACACUGGAGGAGCCCAAGGAGGAGCCUGGGAAGGAACCUAAGGAGGAGGCGCAGGAGGAGGCCAGCCCAGCAGACGCAUGUGCACGCUGUGGACUGGCCACUCUCCCAGAGCUGAUCCUGUUGUGCGACAGCUGUGAUGCAGGUAUCCACACGGCCUGUCUGCGUCCUCCGCUCAUGCUGGUCCCAGACGGAGAGUGGUUCUGCCCCCACUGCCAACACGUGAGUCCUCUGCACCUGUGUCCUCUGUCCUCUGCACCUCUGUCCUCUGUCCUCUGCUCAUCUGCACCUGUGUCCUCUGCACCUUUGUCCUCUGUCCUCUGUCCUCUACACCUGUGUCCUCUGCACCUGUGUCCUCUGCACCCGUGUCCUCUACACCUGUGUCCUCUGCACCUGUGUCCUCUGCACCCGUGUCCUCUGCACCCGUGUCCUCUGCACCUGUGUCCUCUGCACCUCUGUCCUCUGCACCUGUGUCCUCUGCUCCUCUGUCCUCUGCACCUGUGUUCUCUGCACCUGUGUUCUCUGCACCUGUGUCCUCUGCACCUGUGUCCUCUGCACCUCUGUCCUCUGCACCUGUGUCCUCUGUCCUCUGCACCUCUGUCCUCUGUCCUCUGCACCUGUGUCCUCUGUCCGCUGCACCUCUGUCCUCUGUCCUCUGCACUUCUGUCCUCUGUACUCUGCACCUCUGUCCUCUGCACUUCUGUCCUCUGCACCUCUGUCCUCUGCACCUCUGUCCUCUGUCCUCUGCACCUCUGUCCUCUGCCCCUCUGUCCUCUGCACCUCUGUCCUCUGUACCUGUGUCCUCUGCACCUCUGUCCUCUGUCCGCUGCACCUCUGUCCUCUACACCUGUGUCCUCUACACCUGUGUCCUCUGCACCUGUGUCCUCUGCACCUGUGUCCUCUGCACCUCUGUCCUCUGCACCUGUGUCCUCUGCACCUGUGUCCUCUGCACCUGUGUCCUCUGCACUUCUGUCCUCUGCACCUGUGUCCUCUGCACCUCUGUCCUCUGCACCUGUGUCCUCUGCACCUCUGUCCUCUGUCCCCUGCACCUCUAUCCUCUGUACCUGUGUCCUCUGCACCUGUGUCCUCUGUCCUCUGCACCUCUGUCCUCUGUCCUCUGCACUUCUGUCCUCUGUACUCUGCACCUCUGUCCUCUGCACUUCUGUACUCUGCACCUCUGUCCUCUGUACUCUGCACCUCUGUCCUCUGCCCCUCUGUCCUCUGCACCUCUGUCCGCUGCAUCUCUGUCCUCUAUACCUGUGUCCUCUACACCUGUGUCCUCUGCACCUGUGUCCUCUGCACCUGUAUCCUCUGCACCUCUGUCCUCUGCACCUGUGUCCUCUGCACCUGUGUCCUCUGCACCUGUGUCCUCUGCACCUGUGUCCUCUGCACCUCUGUCCUCUGCACCUGUGUCCUCUGCACCUCUGUCCUCUGCACCUGUGUCCUCUGCACCUCUGUCCUCUGUCCCCUGCACCUCUGUACCUGUGUCCUCUGCACCUGUGUCCUCUGUCCUCUGCACCUCUGUCCUCUGCACCUCUGUCCUCUGCACUUUUGUACUCUGCACCUGUGUCCUCUGCACCUGUGUCCUCUGCACCUGUGUCCUCUGCACCUCUGUCCUCUGUCCUCUGCUCCUCUGUCCUCUGCACCUGUGUCCUCUGCACCUCUGUCCUCUGCACCUGUGUCCUCUGUCCUCUGCACCUCUGUCCUCUGUCCACUGCACCUCUGUCCUCUGUACCUGUGUCCUCUGCACCUGUGUCCUCUGUCCUCUGCACCUGUGUCCUCUGCACCUCUGUCCUCUGCACCUGUGUCCUCUGUCCUCUGCACCUCUGUCCUCUGUCCACUGCACCUCUGUCCUCUGCACCUCUGUCCUCUGUACCUGUGUCCUUUGCACCUGUGUCCUCUGUCCUCUGCACCUCUGUCCGCUGCACCUCUGUCCUCUGCACCUCUGUCCUCUGUACCUGUGUCCUCUGUACCUGUGUCCUCUGCACCUCUGUCCUCUGUCCUCUGCACUUCUGUCCUCUGUACUCUGCACCUCUGUCCUCUGCACCUCUGUCCUCUGCACCUCUGUCCUCUGUACCUGUGUCCUCUGCACCUCUGUCCUCUGUCCUCUGCACUUCUGUCCUCUGUACUCUGCACCUCUGUCCUCUGCACUUCUGUCCUCUGCACCUCUGUCCUCUGCACCUCUGUCCUCUGCACCUCUGUCCUCUGCACCUCUGUCCUCUGUACCUGUGUCCUCUGCACCUGUGUCCUCUGCACCUGUGUCCUCUGCACCUCUGUCCUCUGCACCUCUGUCCUCUGCACUUCUGUCCUCUGUACUCUGCACCUCUGUCCUCUGCACUUCUGUCCUCUGCACCUCUGUCCUCUGCACCUCUGUCCUCUGCACCUCUGUCCUCUGCACCUCUGUCCUCUGCACCUCUGUCCUCUGUACCUGUGUCCUCUGCACCUGUGUCCUCUGCACCUGUGUCCUCUGCACCUCUGUCCUCUGUCCUCUGCACCUCUGUCCUCUGUCCUCUGCACUUCUGUCCUCUGUACUCUGCACCUCUGUCCUCUGCACUUCUGUCCUCUGCACCUCUGUCCUCUGCACCUCUGUCCUCUGCACCUCUGUCCUCUGCACCUCUGUCCUCUGCACCUCUGUCCUCUGCACCUCUGUCCUCUGUACCUGUGUCCUCUGCACCUGUGUCCUCUGCACCUGUGUCCUCUGCACCUGUGUCCUCUGCACCUCUGUCCUCUGCUCCUCUGUCCUCUGCUCCUCUGUCCUCUGCACCUGUGUCCUCUGCACCUCUGUCCUCUGCACCUGUGUCCUCUGCACCUCUGUCCUCUGCACCUGUGUCCUCUGUCCUCUGCACCUCUGUCCUCUGUUCACUGCACCUCUGUCCUCUGCACCUCUGUCCUCUGCACCUGUGUCCUCUGCACGUGUGUCCUCUGCACCUCUGUCCUCUGCACCUGUGUCCUCUGUCCUCUGCACCUCUGUCCUCUGCUCCUCUGUCCUCUGCACCUGUGUCCUCUGCACCUGUGUCCUCUGCACCUCUGUCCUCUGCACCUGUGUCCUCUGCACCUCUGUCCUCUGCACCUGUGUCCUCUGUCCUCUGCACCUCUGUCCUCUGCACCUCUGUCCUCUGUUCCUGUGUCCUCUGCACCUGUGUCCUCUGUCCUCUGCACCUCUGUCCGCUGCACCUCUGUCCUCUGCACCUCUGUCCUCUGUACCUGUGUCCUCUGCACCUCUGUCCUCUGCACUUCUGUCCUCUGCACCUCUGUCCUCUGCACCUCUGUCCUCUGCACCUCUGUCCGCUGCACCUCUGUCCUCUGCACCUCUGUCCUCUGCACCUCUGUCCUCUGCCCCUCUGUCCUCUGCACCUCUGUCCUCUGCACCUCUGUUCGCUGCACCUCUGUCCUCUGCACCUCUGCCCGCUGCACCUCUGUCCUCUGCACCUCUGUCCUCUGCCCCUCUGUCCUCUGCCCCUCUGCACCUCUGUCCUCUGUCCUCUGCACCUCUGUCCUCUGCACCUCUGUCCUCUGCACCUCUGUCCUCUGCCCCUCUGUCCUCUGCCCCUCUGUCCUCUGCACCUCUGUCCUCUGCACCUCUGUCCUCUGCCCCUCUGUCCUCUGUCCUCUGCACCUCUGUCCUCUGCACCUCUGUCCUCUGCUCCUCUGUCAGGACGGUCACAUGCUGUGGAUCCAGAGCGUGAUAAGCAGCUGUGUGAGCGUCUGGAGGAGCAGCUCAGCAGCUUGGACUGUGCCCUGAAGAGACAGGAGGUGGCGGACCGACGGAGGGAGCGCCUGGUGUACGUGGGCAUCAGCCUGGAGAACAUCCUCCCGGAGCACAAAGCUGAAGAGAAGAACAUCAAGAAGAAGGUGGUGGGGCGGAGGAGAGGGCGAGGGAGGAGGUCCACGAGGAGCAGGAAGCUCAUCAGCUACAGGUUCGAUGACUUUGACGACGCCAUCAACGAGGCCAUCCAGGAGAACCGUGAGCUGAGCGGAAGAGCCAGCAGAGCCUUGAGCCCAGUGUGUGGUGAGAGCCUGGAGCUGUCUGGGAUGGUGAACAGGUCUGAGUGCCCCCGGCCCCUCGGCUGCUCUGGGCGUGUGAGGAAGAGCGUGAGGAAGAGGAGGAGGCUCAAUGACCUGGAGAGUGACAGCACUGCAGCAGACAGCGAGGAGGACGAGUACAUGCUCAGCCACAGCUCAGAGGAGGAGGAGGAGCCGGCCGUGUGGGGGCUGGAGGACGAGGUGUGCAGUGACAGCCUGAGCGGGGACAGAGCUGUGCGGAGACAGUCCCGGGGCAAGAGGACGUGUGUGCUGGACAGCCCCCAACACAUGGGAGGCUCCAGUGGCAGUGACAGUGGAGAGGACAGCUCCAGGAGAGCCCUGAGUCUGCGCAGAGGACAGCAGCAGCAGGUCAACUACUGCGAGAGCUCCAGCUCCGACUGCGGAGCGCCCUCUGCUGUUCGGAGUGUGAAGAGACGGAGAGAGCACGAGUCCAGUGACUACAGUGAGGCCUCUCCAUUCUCCAGGGACUCUGAGGAGGAGUGUGCAGAGGAGGACGGAAAGAGGAGACGGCCCCUGGCCAGGCCCCGAAAGAGGAGGAGGCACCGGCCUCGAUACAACCCUCUCACGGACCAAGACACAUCCUCAGAGGAGGCCCCUGUGCAGGGCCGCAGAGCAGGGAGGACAGGACGCAAGCAUCAAGGUGCAGAGCUCCUUCCUCAGCUCUUGGUCUCAAGCACCGGAUAUUACGUCCCCGGAAACCCUCAUGGCCCCAGUUUGAAGCUCCACAGCAGCUCCGCACAUGUCGCACUAGUUUGGAACUGUCUCCUACGUCAGAGCACCGUACCCCCCGCAGAGCACCGUACCCCCCGCAGAGCACCGUACCCCCCGCAGAGCACCGUACCCCCCGCAGAGCACCGUACCCCCCGCAGAGCACCCUAUCCCCCGCAGCACCGGGUCACAGCGCGUCCGUACUGCGCCCAUACGCCUCCUCUCCCGGGCUGUGUGCUCUGCCUCCCGCUGCUCUCCCGCCUCUCUCCCGGUGUCAUGGUGGUUCUCAAACAGCUGCCUCUUCCCUCCGAGGGCGUGCGGCACCAGCAGCCCGAGACCACCGCGGUGAUGAACGGGGAGAGGCUCGGCUGCGGGACCCUGUUCGUGGCCGAAACGCGUCUGUCGUGGUUCGAUGGCUCCGGUCUGGGCUUCUCUCUGGAGUACCCCUCCAUCGGACUGCACGCCAUCUCCAAAGACGUGAGCGCAUACCCCCAGGAGCACCUCUACGUCAUGGUCAACGGGGAACUCAGCGAAGAAAAUCAAUCUGAAAUGCCAGCUGAGGAGGAUGAAGAUGAAGAGGGCAAGGCCAUCACCGAGCUGCGAUUUGUGCCCUCGGACAAGAGCGCUCUGGAGCCCAUGUUCAGUGCCAUGUGUGAGUGCCAGGCUCUGCACCCGGACCCUGACGACCAGGACUCGGAUGAGGACUUCGAGGGCGAUGAGUACGACGUGGAGGAGGCCGAGCUGGCCCAGGGCGACGUGCCGUCCUUCUACACGUGUGAGGAGGGUCUGUCCUCGCUGACGGUGGAGGGCCAGGCCACGCUGGAGCGGCUGGAGGGGAUGCUGGCUCAGUCGGUGUCGCAGCAGUACCACAUGGCCGGAGUGCGCACAGAGGACUCCGCCGCACAGUUUGAAGACGGGAUGGAGGUGGAGGCGGCAGCGGAGGCCGGGCAGUUCGAGGACGCAGACGUGGAUCACUGA